AUGGCCUCUCAAUUACUACCCCUCGAACUCAUCGACAAGUGUGUCGGAUCGAGGAUUUGGGUCAUCAUGAAGGGUGAAAAGGAAUUUAGCGGCACUCUUGUUGGUUUCGACGACUAUGUCAACAUGGUUUUGGAGGACGUCACAGAAUUCGACUACACUGGCAACCACACAAAGCUGCCCAAGAUUCUGUUGAACGGCAACAAUAUAUGCAUGUUGAUCCCCGGUGGCGAGGGCCCUGUUGAGGCCUGA